AUCUCAGACAGAAAAAUGAAAACCUACCCAGCCAUCGGUUUCUUCCUCCUCUUCGUGAUCAGCUAUGGCUCUUCUGAAAACUCCAGUACCUCUCGAGGGUGUGGACUGGAUCUUCUCCCUCAGUACGUUUACCUGUGCGACCUGGAUGCCAUCUGGGGGAUAGUCGUGGAAGCCAUUGCAGGGGCAGGUGCGCUGACCACGUUACUGCUGAUGUUGAUUCUGCUGGUGAGGUUGCCCUUCAUCAAGGACAAGGAGAAGAAAAGCCCCCUGGGAAUGCAUUUUCUCUUUCUGUUUGGGACUCUGGGACUGUUUGGGCUGACGUUUGCUUUCAUCAUACAAGAAGAUGAAAUGGUGUGCUCUACCCGAAGGUUCCUGUGGGGAGUUAUCUUUGCUUUGUGUUUCUCGUGUUUGCUAGCUCAAGCCUGGAGACUUCGUAGACUAGUUCGACAUGGGAAGAGUCCAUCUGGCUGGCAUCUAGCUGGUGUGGCAAUCUGCCUGAUGCUCGUUCAGGUCAUUAUUGCAACUGAGUGGUUAAUAUUAACAAUUGUCAGAGAUAACAAGUUGGCCUGCAGCUACGAACCGAUGGAUUUUGCUAUGGCUUUGAUUUAUGUUAUGUUCCUGAUGGUAUUUACCAUGGGAUUUUCCCUUUUCACUCUCUGUGGAAAGUUUAAGAAAUGGAAGAAAAAUGGAGUAUGCCUCAUUAUAACACUUUUUUUUUCCAUUCUGAUUUGGGUAGCCUGGAUGACUAUGUACCUCUUUGGUAAUGCUGAGCUAAAGAGAAGAGACAAAUGGAGUGAUCCCACUCUUGCUAUUGCACUGGUGUCCAGUGGUUGGGUGUUUGUUAUUUUUCAUGCCAUCCCAGAGGUCCACUGUGCCAUCCUUCCAUCACAGCAGGAAAACACUCCCAAUUAUUUUGACACUUCACAGCCAAGGAUGCGUGAAACUGCUUUUGAGGAAGAUAUACAGCUUCCUCGGAGCUACAUGGAGAAUAAAGCCUUUUCAAUGGAUGAACAUAAUGCAGCACUAAGGACGGCAGGAUUUCGGAACGGCAAUUUGGGAAGCAGACCCAGCGCUCCUUUUAGAAGCAAUGUUUAUCAGCCAACUGAGAUGGCAGUUGUGCUAAAUGGUGGGACUAUACCAACUGCUCCGCCAAGUUACACUGGACGACACCUCUGGUGA